CGCUACGCCUCCCGCCUCUCCACCCCGCUCCCUCUCUCUAGUCCGCGUUCCCCUUAAUCCGGAGUAGAAGGCCAAGAACGUGGCGAGCGCCCCGACGGUUGCUAAGGGGCGGCAGGAGAGAGCGAGCCAGCCCGGCCUCCUCCUCCCGCUCCCGGGCGCCAUGGAGCCGCCGAGGCCGGAGCCGACUCCGACGGCCGCCAUAGAGUCGUCGUCGUCGCCGCUUCCCUCGGCCUCCCUGCUGGCCUUCGCGGGCUCCAGCGACCCCGACGUGGCGCUGGCCAAAUCCUUCUGGAACUCGGCUACCCUCCAGCCGCCGCUCGAGUCCCGCCUGGCCCCGCGGCGGGACUCGACCAGCACCUCCGGCUCCGCGAAAGGAUCCGCGAAGAGCUCCAAGCUGGACGCGCCGAGCGGCGGCGGCCUGCGCUGCGCCCACCCCGACUACAUGAGAAGCGCUCCUCGAUCCUCAGUCAAUGACAGAAAAGAAGAUGAAAAAAGCCUGGAAACAAUUGAGUCUGAGGCUGAGGAAAGUGAUGUGAAAAAAAAGUAUCUUGAGAAGGGCAAGAAGAGAGAAGAAAUAAUAGCAUUACUGAGGAAGCAAAGGGAAGAGAGGAUUGCGAAGGAGUUGGUGUCUCAUCCGCAUAAGCCAAAGGCCAAACCUCAAGAAAGUGGUUCCUGUGAGAAAUGAUGGCUGGGAUGGAUAAUAGAAAAUGCCUUAUUUGUUCCAGCUGACUUUCUUGGAGUUCAUCAAAUGCUUUACAACCCUCUCCUCCUGCAAGACAUUCGUCUAAGAUCAAUCUCUCCCACAGCCUGUAUCCAUUUCAAUGGUGCUUCUGCUUCGGAUCCCAAGUCCCUCCAAUGAAAUGAUCUGAAAUAAUUCAUUCAGCUUGCUUGUUCUUCCUCUUUCUCUCUCCCCCCGGCCUGCUAAUCCAGUUUUCCAUCCAACAUGGCUUCCUUACUAUGUGCUCCUCACUGGAACAGGAUCUCCCAGAUAGAGAUUUUAAUCCUAUCAGUGCAUGCUAGGAAGUUUGCUAACAUUGUCAGCACAGUGACUAAAGAAGAGUCAGAGCAAGAUUCUGGCACGUGGUACCUAAACAAAUAAACCAUUCUUUGGAUCCAUCCCAUUACUAAAGUGUUUGGGGCCCUACUCCCAUGCCUGUCAUGGAGACAAAAUGGAUUGGAUUUCCUUGUUCAAAACCCCUCUGUGCAAUUUUCAGUGAUCCAUAGGCUGAUGACUCUUUCCUCUUUGUUCUGUCUGGUCAUUCUUCAUAGAUUUAGCUACAUCAUUUAGCUACAUCCUCAAGCUAAAUAUAGCAGAGACUGAACAGUUCACUUCCUGUUAAGCCCUUUCCCUCCCUUUCACCACUCACAGAAACAGCCUUCCUUUCUGUUUAUCACUGUAGCUCACACCAAGGCAAGGCAUAAGUUUGCUGCAUCCAUGGCUGCAUACACACGCCAUGAAUUUAUCAUGCUUAAAAAAACACCAGAAUCUGACCUUGACGAUCAAGAAAGUGUGAAGGCAUUACCUUGAACAUUUUCAUCAGC